GUUAAUUUUAAUUUAAUCAAUUAAUUACUUUAGAGUUCAAAAUAUUAACAUUGGCUAGUAGUUGUGCAGAAAACAGGCAAAGAACUGAAAAACUUUUAUGUAAGCACAAUCGACUGGAAAAAAUUGAACUCCGCUCUCGAAAACCUAAGCAAUUGCUUUAAAACAUGGCACAACGUAAUCAACGUGUUGAUCGCUUUGCGCAAAUGACUAAACAAGAGGAAAUUAUAGCAAAAAAGCGACAGGAGAUCCUCGAAAAACAGCGCACAGCGCAACUGGCAAAGGCUGUGGCAGCUGCCCAAACACACGCCCAAACAUUAGCAGCUAGCGCGAAGCCGAAGGAAUCGGAGGAACAGGAAGAACCUGUGGUUCCUGCUCCCACAAUCGAAGAUAGCGCAUCGGAAUUGGAUAAUAGCGAUGCAGCUUCGAAGGCAAAGGGCGAUGAAACGCCUAAGACCCUGAACAGUUUUAAUAGCAAAACAGGGAAAAUAACAUUUGGAUUGAAACGCCAACAGUUGCCCCAACCCAGUGUAGAACAACCACCGCCCAAGGUGAUGAAUACCUUUUGUAACGAUGGAUCAUUUUUAGAGAACUUUAAAAAGAUACUUGAAAAGCAUGAGCAACCAAAGCCACCAAUUAUUGUAGCACCCGUGCCUGUGCCCAGUAUGGAUGAGAGCAACAACAUAACGGAUACUCAAGGAUCUGAUAAUAACAGCCCCAAGCUUGAAUUAUCAGGUCCUGCUCCAACAACCCUACCUGUUGUUACAUCAAUAGCUUCAGUGGUCACAACAUCUGCACCGAAUCACCUGGCAUUUAGCAUGCCUGCAACGGCGAUGCCACCAUCAGUGCAACCGCCGCCACCACCCCCACCAUUUGCAUUUAAUCCAGCGCUAUUGCCCCAGGGACCGCCACAGCUGCAGCUGCCGGCAUUCUUUCAUGGUCAUUUGCCAAUGCAAUUGCACCCGGCUGCAGUAGCCCCUCCACCACCACCGCCGCCACCCCAGCUUCCCUUAGCUUUGGCCAGUCUAACCCCAAUUUAUAUGCAGUUGGGUCCACCGCCGCCAGAACCUAUUCAAAUGAAUGCAAUACCGGCACCAAAGGAUUUUGAUUUGGCGUCAAUACCAAAGCCUCAGAUGAAUCUAGAAGCCAUACAAAUGCCCACUGUGGGUCAGUCAGACCAAUUAAAUGUGACGGCCACACCGCCGCCGCCACCGCCCCCCCUGCAACAGGAGCAGCAUCCACAUCAACAACAGCUUCAGCAUCAGCAGCAACAACAGCAUCAGCAACAUCAACAACUUCAACAGCAGCAACAGCAACACUCAACGCCUCCGCCUCAAGUUUUUUCAGAAACGUAUCUCAAUGACAUUGAACGCAGCAAUUGCAUUAAAUUGCCAACCUGUAUAGAAAACCUAAUCGCACUGGUCGCCGAAAAUGGUGAAGAUUAUGAAGAUAAAAUACGUUUGCAUAGAAGCGAGUUGCAUCCGGCUUUGUGGUUUCUUUAUGAUAAGAACUGCGAACAAUAUCGAAACUAUCGCGGCCAAUUGCUUGAUUAUGAACGUCAGCGAGCCCAGCGAAAACAACAGCAACAACAACAGCAGCAGGAGCAACAUCAACAACAGCUAAGCAAUCCACAAGCAUUGGCCAAAGAGCAGGAUAAUCCACGAGACCAAGACGAGCAUAACAGCAACUCAGCAGCAGAUAAAUACGAUCCCGAAUCGGCCAUAAGUGCUGACUUCGAUUCAGAUGAUGAGUAUAUGCGAGGUAUGAUGGAUCGCAAUCGGGACAAUAUAAAGCGGCGCAUCGAAUGCCGCAACGAGCUAAGUGACGAGGAGCGUCGAGAACGAGAGGAAGCUGGUGCUGGUGCAGAUGCCGAUGACUAUGAGGAGACGCAAAGGCAGCGACGAAAGCGGGAGCGUAAAAGCCGUUGGGGUGAAAAGGAGCAGUCCGCUUCUAGCACGUCUGGCAAUUUCGCAAAUCAAAACAAGCCCAUGCUUUCAGUUAUAACGCGCAAUGAUCCCGCGCUAUUACAAUAUGCGCGUCUCAACUAUGGGUCCACACAGCUUUCCGAAGAGCAGUGGAAACAGUGUGAGGAACACUAUAAGGUAAACUUGCUGUAUCAGGACAUGAUGCGCAAGCGGCAAGAGAUCGAUCGUUUGGCCCGUACUGGCAAAUUUAAAUACGAGUACGAUUCCGAUGAAGAUGUGGAGGGUGGCACAUGGGAGCAUAAAUUACGCACAGCUGAAAUGGAAGCCACACAUUUGUGGGCUAAUGCGCUCACAAAACAAAGUGAGGGGAAACAUCAUAUUGGUGAUUUCUUGCCACCUGAGGAAUUGAAGAAAUUUAUGGAGCAAUACGAAGCCAAAAAAAAUAAUAGGCAACCAGACCUAAGCGAUUAUAAGGAAUAUAAACUUAAGGAAGAUAAUAUUGGUUUUCAAAUGCUGCAAAAGUUGGGCUGGAAGGAGGGGCAGGGCUUAGGACAGGACGGUGCUGGUAUUGUGGACCCAGUGAACAAAGCACCCCAGCGCGAUGGCAAUCAGGGGUUGGGUGUUAAUAGCGCUGCACAGCCAGAAGACUGCGACAAUGAGUAUGAUGCGUAUCGGAAACGGAUGAUGCUGGCUUAUCGUUUUCGCCCCAAUCCGCUGAAUAAUCCACGACGCGCCUACUAUUAGAUUUUGUUUCCCUCUUGUUCUGUAUCUUAAUCAAUGUAUCUUCGCACUGACCUCCAGGAUGGAUUCAUAGUCUUCAACUUUAUAUUCAGUUUGCAUUGGCUUGCUAUAUUAUCCUGUGCACUUAAUUUAUCAAUUUCUACUUGCAUGUAAAAUACUGUUCAAUGAGAUCACUGAAGUUUUUGAAUAUACGAAAAAAUGUU